GGAAAGAAGAGGGAGUCAUUUCAGCUACGCGCCUCAGUGGCUCUGAGGAUAUGAACAGAGCAUGAAGCCAGAGGACAAGUCACACGGCCAGUUUGUAAUGGACUAACACUGUCUGUGCAGGCUCCUGCUGCAGUCCCCGGAGAAUAAAAGCAGCCUGGUGAAUAUUUAGUGACGACUUCUCCUGCUCCAUAUACCAAGAUGGGGAAUGGAUUAUCAGACAACCACUCUCUCUUCCCCUGCCUCCCGUCUUUCCAGGCUCUCCACAUUGUCAUUCUAGGACUGGACUGUGCGGGCAAGACCACUGUACUGUACCGGCUGCGUUUUAAUGAGUUUGUGAACACUGUCCCAACAAAGGGUUUUAACACAGAGAAGAUCAAAGUGUCACUCGGAGGUAACCGGAGAACUGCGUCCUUCCACUUCUGGGAUGUAGGUGGUCAGGAGAAGCUGCGGCCUCUGUGGCGCUCUUAUACUCGCUGCGCAGAUGGCAUUGUCUUCGUGGUGGACUCGGUGGAUGCUGAGCGCAUUGAGGAGGCCAAGACGGAGCUGCACAAGAUCACACGGCUGGCAGAGAACCAGGGCGUGCCGGUGCUGGUGGUGGCCAAUAAGCAAGACCUAAGGAACUCACUCAGCCUGGCUGAGAUGGAGAGCAUGCUGGCUCUGGGUGAGCUCAGCGCCGCCACACCCUGGCACCUGCAGCCAGCAUGUGCUAUCAUUGGUGAAGGCCUGCAAGAAGGUCUGGAGAAGCUUCACACUAUGAUCAUUAAGAGGAGGAAGAUGCUCCGGCAACAGAAGAAGAAGAGAUGAUAUGUUAACAGUGGAAACUAUACAAUGUGAGCUGGAUCUAAAGCUACACAAGAACUAAUGUGAGCUGCAUACAAUCUGCUGGUCAUUGUGUUGCUAUGAAAGAGACACAGCGAUCCCUGUCCAGUCAUUCGGCGUCCCCUUUGAAGUCUGAUUGGCUGAGUAUGAUCCAUCCAGUGGAACUGUUUGUUCGGGUCAGCCAAUGUUUGGCUCCCACAGAGGACAGUGGGAUUGAUUUUGCCCUGUGGAUUUUGGAUGCUAACAAUCCUAUAUCCUGUCAGCAACAAGGGACGCUGAAGUCACUCUAAAGGAAGUACAGUAUUAUGCUAUACAGCAGCAAGCUAUGAAGUUUACACUGAACUCUAAAUGUAAAAGACAGACAGUGUCUCUUUUAUGUUAUUUGUUCAAAUAUGUGCUGCCAAUCUGUUCAUAAACAAUCAGUCUUUAUAUUUUUA